UAUACACCGGAAGUUACAUGUGCUAUUGUGGUCGCCUUGACAAUGAGGGGCUCGGAGUUGUCGAAAAGAAAAAAAAGUCAGCCAGCAGUUUUCACAGCGGAGACCAGGCACCAGGAGAACAGCUUUCCUGUCGCGACUGCCAGAAUUUUUACUUUAGAAAAGUUACUCCCACUCGAGAAACUACUCGCAGAACUGAUGAUACAAACCAAAGACAUCUACAGCAAGUUUAUCGGGCUAAAGUUGUUGUCUUAAACUGUGGGGAAAUGGGUUUUUGCCAGACGUGGUGUGUUGCGCUCCUGCUGCCUCUGCUGAUAGCAGCUCAGUACCAAGGGGACAACGGGAUAGUCGUCCCGGAACAUGGAUUCUGUCAGCCGAUUUCGAUUCCCCUGUGCACGGACAUAGCCUACAACCAGACCAUCAUGCCAAACUUGGUGGGCCACUACAACCAGGAGGACGCAGGGCUCGAGGUGCACCAGUUCUACCCGCUCGUGAAGGUACAGUGUUCGCCGGAGCUGAAAUUCUUCCUGUGCUCCAUGUACGCGCCCGUCUGCACGGUUCUGGAGAAGGCCAUUCCUCCGUGCAGGUCCAUCUGCGAGCGAGCCAAGCAGGGCUGCGAGGCUCUCAUGAACAAGUUCGGCUUCCAGUGGCCGGAGCGACUGCGCUGCGAGAACUUCCCCGUGCUGGGGGACGAGCAGCAGAUCUGUGUGGGCCAGAACGACUCCUCCGCCGCCACCGUCCCACCCAUCAUUCACGUCCCGGGGACCCAAGAUCCCCCCGUGGUCCCCGCGCACGACAGGCCCUUCCGGUGUCCGCCUGUUCUCAAAGUGCCCCCCUAUCUGAAUUAUAAGUUUUUGGAGGAGAGUGAUUGUGCUGCUCCCUGUGAGCCCACCAGGAGCGGUGGGAACAUGUUCUUCACUGACAAAGAGAUCCACUUCUCCCGCAUAUGGAUUCUGGUGUGGUCUGUGCUUUGCUGCGCAUCUACAUUAUUCACUGUAACCACCUAUUUAGUGGACAUGCAGCGCUUUAGGUACCCUGAGCGGCCUAUCAUCUUCCUGUCUGGCUGCUACACCAUGGUCUCCAUAGCCUACAUAGCUGGCUACUUCCUGGGGGACAAGGUGGUGUGCAACGAGAGCUUCGCCCCUGAUGGCUAUAAAACCAUCGUCCAAGGUACCAAAAAGGAAGGCUGCACCAUCCUCUUCAUGAUGCUCUACUUCUUCAGCAUGGCCAGCUCCAUCUGGUGGGUCAUCCUGUCACUCACCUGGUUCCUGGCCGCGGGCAUGAAGUGGGGCCACGAGGCCAUUGAGGCCAACUCCCAGUAUUUUCAUCUAGCAGCCUGGGCAGUGCCGGCCAUCAAGACCAUCAGCAUCCUGGCCAUCGGGCAGAUCGAGGGUGACGUGCUGAGCGGCGUCUGCUUCGUCAGCCUCAGCAACCUGGACCCCCUCCGUGGCUUUGUGUUGGCCCCUCUCUUCAUCUAUCUCUUCAUCGGCACCUCUUUCCUGCUGGCUGGUUUUGUGUCGCUGUUCCGGAUCCGCACCAUCAUGAAGCAUGACGGCACCAAGACAGAGAAGCUGGAGCGGCUCAUGGUGCGGAUCGGCGUGUUCAGCGUGCUCUACACUGUGCCUGCCACCAUUGUGAUCGCCUGCUUCUUCUACGAGCAGGCCUUCCGUUCCCACUGGGAGCGCAGCUGGGUGAGCCAUAACUGCAGGGGCCUGGCCAUCCCCUGCCCUUUGCAGACCGGGCCCCGCAUGACCCCGGACUUCACCGUCUACAUGAUCAAGUAUCUGAUGACACUGAUAGUGGGUAUCACCUCUGGUUUCUGGAUCUGGUCUGGAAAGACUCUACACUCCUGGCACAAGUUCUACACAAGGCUGACGAACGGCAAACACGGAGAGACCACUGUGUAGAGUGAUGUUGCGGGGACUGAUUGUGUAUUAAUACCUGUUUUCUCUUGCGAUAGGUAAGUAGCACAGUGAGUCGCGAUAGGUUUUCCCCACAGCAUUCUUACUCGCCUCAGCUUUAUAGCCACACAAUGCAUGCCAGACUGAGGGUCAGGGUUUGACAAAAGGGCAAGCUGUAUAAACAAGGACUGAACCUGACUGUCUGAACAAAUAACAAGCAUGGCUAUGGACGCCAUGUGCUGAAAUGCUGUCCUCCCCCCUCUCCGGCUCUUUUCUUAGAGCCACGAUAAACUCAAAGGAGUGAUGAUCCCCUGCAGCCGAGAGCAUAGAGAGGGGUGGGGGGGACCCGAGCAGCAGGAGAGCGGCAGUAUAUUAUCUCUGUAAGCAUUUCAUAAGUGAAAUUGUAAAUAGUAUUUGUACAAACAUGAAAUUUUUAUAUUUGUAUUUAAAGAAAAGUAAAUACUUCUCAUUCUCUGCCAGUGUACCUGCUUUACCUUCGCACUGUAAAAAAAAAAAAAAAGCCACCUCCUGUAGAUCUUGUCAUGUUCAUUAUUUGUUAAUUGCUGAUUAUAAAUUCCAUGUUUUUUUAUGGAUUUAAAGAAUGUCUUCAUUUCAGACUGUUGGGUGAUAUCCAAGAAGAUCUUUCAGUCUAGCUCGCUGCACUUUGACUCCUCUUUAACUAAAAACAUGUGGCUGAGACUGAGCUCAGACUCAGAUAUCAUCAAGUGCCUGAUUUGUUCAAGAGGAAAGUGAUUAUCGAGUAGCUUUCUUCCUUUUCUUUUUCCUUCCUUAUGUUCAGUAUUCUUUCAUGAUUAAAUAAUGUUUUGAUAACAAGUUAUUUUCUUUGAUAAAAGAACAGCCAUGUUGGCUUUUUUUUUUCCGAAGGGGGUUGAGGGCUGUGUCACACCUGAACAUCUGUUGCCUCAGACUGGCAGGCAACAGUAAAAGAUUAUUGGAAUGCUUAAUGGAAAUUAGCUUCUCACACAAGUAUGUAGCCAUCUGGUAAAUACCGCAGUGAGUUUGAACCAAAACUGUCAAUUAAACUCGCUUCUACUGUGAAAUGCUUAUCACCCAAAUUUGUCAAUAUAUUCUGAAACAUU